CCACGUGCGAAGUUUCUCCCUCGGUCUUGAGCUUUUUUCCCAUUGAAAGCGUCUCUUUGGGAGGAAAAAGCGUCUGUUUAGCGUCUCUAUUUCGAAAUCGAUGUUGCAGUUUUAGUUGUGAAUAGAGACAAACAUACGGCACAGCUACAGGAGCUUUCUGCCUGGCGACUUAACCAACAAGAACAUGUCCCCUACACCAGCAUGUGAGUUGGGCUACAAACCCCUGGAUGGUGGUUGGGGUUGGAUGGUGGUAUUUGGGGCCCAUAUUUCCAUUGGAUUCGCCUACUCCACGCCAAAAGCCCUGUCCAUUUUCUUCAAAGAGAUCCAAGAGGACUUAAGUGCCAGCUACAGUGAAAUAGCAUGGAUUUCCUCAAUCAUGCUGGCUGUCAUGUAUGCAGGCGGACCUGUGAGCAGUGUGUUGGUCGGUCGCUUUGGAAGCCGGCCAAUAGUAAUACUUGGUGGACUGCUGUGUGGGGUCUCUAUGGUAACUGCUUCUUUUGGGGACUCCAUCAUUUACAUCUACCUUUGCAUUGGCGUAAUUGGAGGCUGUGGACUCUCCUUAAAUCUGAAUGCAUCUCUCACCAUCAUCAGCAAGUAUUUCCUGGUCAAGCGUCCUUUAGCCAACGGACUGGCCAUGGCCGGGAGUCCAGUGUUUCUAUGCUUCCUGGCCCCUCUAAACCAAUACUUACUGGCCACGUUUGGCUGGAGAGGAAGUCUGCUCAUCCUAGGGGGUCUGAUGCUCAAUUGUUGCGUUGCUGGGGCCCUGAUGAGACCUGUUAUUCAGCCUUGUAAGCCAUCCUCUGGCACACCACAGAAGAUGGUGGAAGAACAGCCAAAUAAGCCCAACAUUAAUCUAAAACAAAGCUGUAUCAAGAAUUCCAAGAAUUUCUUGGAUUUGUCCUUCUUCAAGCAUAGAGGCUUUGUCAUUUACCUCAUAGGAAACAUGAUGUUCAUCUUUGGUGCCUAUGCGCCCAUUGUGUUCCUGCCAGCCUACGCUAUUAACCAAGGCAUAGAAGAGUACUCCGCUGCCUAUCUGCUCUCUAUAAUGGGCUUUGUGGACAUGUUUGUUCGUCCUGGAACCGGCUUGGUAGCCAGCAGCAGGUGGAUCAGGCCCAGAAUCCAGUACUUCUUCAGCUUUGCUAUGGUUUUCAACGGUACGUGCCACUUAGUAUGCCCACUGCUGAACAGCCAUGCCCUCCUGGUGGCCUAUGCAGUAUUAUUUGGCAUUGGUUUCGGCAUGGUUUUCGCCCUGAUAUUUGAAUGCCUGAUGGACCUGAUGGGAAAUCAACGCUUCCCCAGUGCUGUCGGACUGGUCACCAUCAUCGAGUGCUUCCCCAUGCUACUGGGACCACCUGCUGCAGGGUUACUGGUGGACAUCUUUGGUGACUACAAGUACCUUUUCUUCAUGUGUGGCUCAGUGAUUGUGGCUGGUGGACUCUUUCUCUUCGUCAUGAACAUCUACAACUACCACAUGCUGGAAAAAGAGAAUGCAGCAAAGGGCAGAGAACAGAACCAAAAAAACACAGAGAACCAGGACCAGGUGGGCAUCUCAGAGACAGAGGUGAAACACACUUCUGAGGCAGCAACGGAACAGACUGAGCUUAAUACUGAAAAUAAGAAUGGAGCCCGGGAAGAUCCACGACCAGAGAACACAGAAACACCAACAUGAAUUUUGAUUCCUCUAUUUAUCAUGGAUGUUUUGAGCACAUCUUUCUGUUAAGACAACACAAUGAUUAAUUCCAGCUUUCUAACAGUUGUUAACUAGUACUAAACACAAAGUGCAGAUGAGGCUGAUGGGAAUUUUAUAUUUGAUAUUAAGUAACAACUAAUUUAAAAUUUUUACCUGAUAAUGUUGCUUGAUGAAAAGUCAAAGAAUCACUAAAGUUAGUACACAUCAUCCUCAGGUGAACAUGAAUGUGUUAUGAAAUUUCAUGGCAAUCCAUCUACUUGUUGUCAAAACAUUUUACUCUGAACCAGACGUGAACCUGAUGGCGGCUUUUGAGGAAAAGUCAAGGGAUCAGCAAAUUGAUUGGGAUUCAUCUUCCUGAGCAGCUUUGAGAUAUAUACUGGGCCAGAGGUGGGUUUACACCCUUGCAAGUUUCCAGUCUUUCACAGGGCAAGAUAUUUCACUAAAAAACAAAAACAUCAACCUCAAGGUGGUGCUAGAUGAAAAGCUGGGGGAACACAAAAGUCAGUAGGAUUCAUCCUUUUGAGUAUACAUACUCAUUGUAUACAUGUCAUUUCAUGACAUCUGUCUGAUAGUUGUUGAAAUAAUUGAGUCUGGAUCAAAGGGGUUGACCCAGCAACAUUACCAUCCCUAAAGCCACACUGGCUAAAAAUGUGCAGGUUCUCAGAUGUGCUUCUUUUCUUUUCAUGGCAUUUUUAACCAUUUUCUGUCUUACAGAGUAAAGAAUUAAGAGAUUAAUUCAACAAAUUUAUGGGUUAUUAAAAAAAAAUAAACUGUGGGUUUCAGCUUCAAUUCAGUUAGUCAUCCAUCCACUGUCGGUUUGUUUGUUUGCCCCCUGGAGGUUGUUCAGAGGAAUGGCUUUGUGUGCAGAUGGCCUACCUUUACUCUUUAAUGCUGUUAGACUGUGUAUGGGCUUUAUACCUGUGGUGUGAUGGAUUUUCAGCUUUGGCUGCACUGUUUUACCUUGAAUGACAAACAUUGCCUCAAUAUAUGAGAAUGAAUCUUAAUGUCUGGAAGCGAAUGAAAUGCAGGAAUUGUUAACUUCUUUUUCUCACAUGGUCAUGAAGACACACGUCUGUUUUUUCUUUCUGUAUCUCCUUCACUCAUUUCAAAUUCAUGUAAUUUGUCUAUAAAAAUAUUGAUUGUUCUUGGUAAUGUGCAUAACCUCAGGGGACUGCCAUGAGAUAUUUUGCACUUGCAGUGUUUACUUCAUAAAACUAAAAUUUCAAGUUUCAUACGUGAAAUAGCUGCCAGUAAAGACAUGGGUUUGUUUCAGGUGACUUGAUGCUUUACCUCCUUGUUGAUUACUGUUAAUUCUACUGAAGUCUAUAAAGAACAUACAGUGACAACACCUGUUACUGAAGAGCUACUGACUUAUGAUCAUUCUGGUAUCUAUUGCAAGUAAUAGUCUAUUUAAAUUUUUGUCAGUAUUUAUUAAAUUUGAACGGUUAAGCUGAAACACAUUAUAGAUUGUGGUGUGUGUGUGUGUUCCACAGUAACGCAGUGAUUUUGUGCUGACAUUUAGCAGUGACAUUUGUUAUUUGGGCAAAAAUGGAUUUGCAUGCACUGUUAACUGAUUUGAUGCUGUGUGUGUUUGCGCAUCUGAGUAAACAUAUUUGUUGAAGUGAGAGUGAGUGAUAACAUAAGAGAGAGAAUGUGUUUUACAGAUAAUCCAGAAUUUGUUUUAAGGUAUAUGUUUGAAGGUGACGGCAGCUUUUUGAAUUUUUGAGUUCCAGAGAAUUUAAUGAAAGCUUUAGUUUACUAAAUGGUUAAAUGACAAAA